AAUCCUUCUCCCAGACGUCCCUGCGCGUCGUCCUCCUCGCCCUCCAAGCCACCCGUGUUCCGCAAGACCCUGACCACCUGCCGCUGCCGUUAUGCUGCCAGCCGCUCUGCUCCGCCGCCCCGGCCUGGGUCGCCUCGUGCGCCAGGCCCGCGCUUACGCUGAGGCUGCGGCCGCCCCGGCCCCAGCCGCGGGCCCGGGACAAAUGUCUUUUACCUUCGCAUCACCCACGCAGGUCUUCUUCAACGGUGCUAACGUCAGGCAGGUGGACGUGCCCACGCAGACCGGAGCCUUCGGUAUCCUGGCAGCCCACGUGCCUACCCUGCAGGUCCUGCGGCCAGGGCUGGUCGUUGUUCACGCUGAGGAUGGCACCGUUUCCAAAUACUUUGUGAGCAGCGGCUCAGUCACAGUGAAUGCUGAUUCGUCAGUUCAGUUACUGGCCGAAGAGGCAGUGACGCUGGACAUGCUGGACCUGGCAGCCGCCAAGGCAAACUUGGAGAAAGCACAGUCGGAGCUGUCAGGGGCAGCGGACGAGGCCACGAGGGCCGAGAUCCAAAUCCGCAUCGAGGCCAACGAAGCCCUGGUGAAGGCCCUGGAGUAGGCAGUGCGUGUCCCUCACCAGCAUCGGCAGGGAAACCGAGGUCCAGAGUAGGACGGGCUGGAACCGGCUCCCAUGGGUCCAUUAUGACUGGGUGGGGGCAACUCCUUUGGGAGGGAGCCAUGCUAGCCAACACAGCCACCAGGGGGCAGCGCAGUGCCAGUGUCUCCUACAGCACACUCCCUGAGACCAGGCCUGCUGGGUGGAGGUGAGGUCAGAGACCCUGUUCUGCCUUUGGGGGGACUUGUCCCCUGGGGGGCUGGCCUUCCACCUUCAGAGAUACCACCAACCUGACUUGCUGCCUGCCACUCUCACCUCUGUAGAGAUCUCUGCUCCCCGCCACCUUCUUCGGACAGCCUGCCACUUGGCCUGCACCCCAUUAAACACCAGGGACCCCA